AUGGACGCCUCCUUGAUUGAGGUCCAGCGGAAAGCCAUUCUGGACACUGUCCGGUACACUGCUGAACAAGAAUGGAAAGUGCUUGUGGUUGAUGAAGGGACGAAGAAACUACUAGACAAUGCUGUCAAAGAGGAUGAUAUUCUCAAUGCAAACGUUACAAAUAUCGAGCAGAUAGAGCACCGGCGACCAAUGAAUCCGGAUACGGAUGCGGUUUAUAUUCUCUCUCCACUCCCCCACAUUGUAGAUUGCCUGGUUGCAGAUUUAGAACGACGCCGAUACAGGAGGGCAUUUUUGGUUUGGACAUCAAAGCUCGAUCCACAGCUGCGGAGUAGAAUAAAUGGAUUAAGUGUUGCCCGCGAUUUGAUUGCCGAUUUUCGUUUCGCCAGCAUCAAUUAUUUCCCCAGAGAAUCCCAUCUUGUGAUAUUUCGAGAUCCGUGGAGCUUCCCGACUCUAUACCACCCCGCUUGUAAUCACCAUGUGCGCGCACAUCUUGAGAGCCUAGCUCAAAGGAUUGUUUCUGUUUGCGCCUCACUUGGUGAAUACCCUUUGAUUAGGUACUACCGGCCUAGAGACCCAACACACGAGGCAAGCGUUUUAUGUUCUCAUCUAGCACGCUUUGUUCAAGAUGAACUCGACGCUUACGCGAAAUAUCGACAAGACUUUCCUACGCCCUCUUCGAGACCACGAAGUGUCCUAUAUAUUGUGGACAGAUCCAUGGAUCUAAUUACUCCAUUGGUGCAUGAGUUUACGUAUCAAGCGAUGGCCCACGAUCUUCUACCCAUUAAAGAAGGUGAAAAAGUGACCUACAAGACUACUAUCAAUUCUGGGCAGCCCAACGAGGAAACAAAGGAUAUGGAUAUAUCCGAAAACGAUAACAUUUGGGUGGACAGCCGUCAUUUACAUAUGAAAGAUUUAUUGGGAAAACUUGUAGAUGAUUUUAACCAAUUCAUAGCUAAAAACCCUCAGUUUGCGGAUAAGGACUCUUCCGCAGAUGUUAGUACGAUCAGAGACAUGCUGGCGGGCUUAUCAACUUUUCAAGCUGGGAAGAAUUCCUACACUCUACAUCUCAAUAUGGCAGAAGAGUGUAUGAAAUUAUUCCAAGAACGCAACCUACCGGAACUAGCGUCAGUCGAGCAGUCCCUUGCUACUGGGUUUGAUGAAGAUCACCGAAAGCCUAGAAACCUUGCGGACCAAGUAGUCCGCCUUCUCGAUGACCCCCGUGUUCAGCCCCAAGAUCGCCUAAGGCUAAUAAUUCUGUACUUACUGUAUCGGGGUGGUCUUCUUGGAGCCGAUAUUAAGAAGCUUCUUGCUCACUCUCAACUUCCUCCUCAGGAUGCCGAAGUGAUAUAUAAUUUCGAUCUGCUCGGGGCACGGGUUGAAAAGCCCCUUAACGAUACCAGACAACCAAACCCUCCUUUAUUUACUCAAAAGCCACCGACGCAAAUAAGUGAUGACGACACAAGCUUAUCAAGGUUCGAGCCCAAUAUAAAAUUAAUGUUGCAAGACCAAAUACGAGGAACCUUGGAUACCACAGUAUUUCCUUCGACACGCCAAAUGGACGAGGAUGGGCAUGGCCAAGACACUACGUCUCAGGCAUCUCUCCGAAGUGCGAAACCAACCUGGGCCCGGACUCGUCCUUCUGCUGGCGAACCUCGACAGAGAAUUAUUGUUUUUAUGGCCGGGGGUGCAACAUAUUCAGAAGCUCGUUCUUGUUACGAAAUAUCUCGUGCGCAUAAUAAAGAUGUAUAUCUGGUAACAUCUCAUAUGCUUACUCCUGGUUUAUUCUUACGACAGGUUGGAGACCUUAGUGUUGAUAAACGUCGUCUUAAUCUUCCCGCUGAGCAGCCAAAACCACAGGCUCCCUCGCAUAUAUUUGAAAGGGAUCCACCCCCCAAUGUGCAUCCUCCACAAUCGCAGCCACCGCAGCAACUUCAAAAGCAGCCAUCAUCUACGAUAGCGCCUCUGGCACCUCCAACUACCGGCCUUGCUGCCUUGACAAUGAGCUCGCAGGAUGACCCACGCAGAGUGAAAUCGCUGCAAGAAGCAGCACCCACUCGACCAAAUCCGGUGUCGUCGAAAAGUGAAGCGAAACUCGUAAAGAAAGAUAAGGACAAGGACAAGAAAGACAGGGAUAAGGAUAAGAAGGACAAGGAUAGGGAUAAGAAGGACAAGGAAAAGAAGAAACGGUUCUUUAAGUAG